UAGUUUCAAUGCGAUACCCACUUUUUCAGAGACACAGCAGCGGUAGCCUUCGCCUUUUCCGAGAGAGACCUAAUCGUAUAAUUUCUCCUGCCCAAUUCUCUCUUCCUCAUACUUCCCGAGCCUUCUUGGCCUGUCGGACGGCAUUUGUUCUUCACACUUCCGCUUCCUUCCGCUGCCGCUGGUCUCGCGUCGCAUUCCUUCCGACGGGUGAUCGACGAUGUUCUACUCUAAAUCUAAAUCUGGUUUAUCUGAUGCUUCGAUUAACAGAGGUGCACCGACCACUCCCAAGGCUAGUAAAUCAGGAAAGUCUGGAUCCAUCAAGGCAGAUCCUGCUUUGCCUUCUCCUCAACAGCCAGCACGCCUUUCAAUCGAUCGUUCCCUAAAAUCAGUCGAUGCAAAGACUAACAUCGAGCAGUACCGGUCACCCAAGAUCACCACUCCUGAUAAGCAACCAAGGCUGAUAAAAGGAUCAGAGUUGCAGGGACAACUGAGUGCAAUUCAGGAUGAAUUGAAGAAGGCAAAGGAGAGAUUGGCAUCUGUUGAGAAGGAGAAAAUCCAAAUUCUCGAGGAACUAAGGUAUGCUAAGGGAUGUGCCAAUGAGGCGAAUGACAAACUUCAGGAUGCUCUUGUUGCUCAAAGGAUUGCGGAGGAAGCUUCUGAGAUUGACAAGUUCCGGGCAGAUGAAUUGGAGCAAUCUGGCAUUGAUGAUGCACUAAAGAAGGAAGAUGAGUUGCAGAAGGAGCUUGAAAUUGUUCAAAACCAACAUGCCAUGGAUGUUGCAGCACUUCUAGCGACGACUAAGGAGCUGCAAAGAGUGCAAAAUGAACUUUUGAUGACGACCGAGGCAAAGAACAGCGCUUUGAAACACGCUGAUGAUGCCAUGAAGAUUGCUGAGAUCAAUGCAGAGAAAGUGGAGUUGUUGUCCAAGGAAUUUAACCGCUUAAUAGUGUUUCUUGAUUCAGUGCAGGAGUGUAAGAAUACAGAUCCUCCAGCACACAAUGGAUUCCUUUCCAGAGAAGUUAGCCAUUCACAAGCAUUGCUUGAUGUUUCGCAGGAGUGUGAGAACAAAGAACCUUCAGUUCUUGUUGCGAACGGAACAAACUUGUGUGAGCAAUCAAACUUAGUUCGGGACCGUUUAAAGAAGGAAAUUGAAAGAUUGGUUUCUGUUGACGCCAAGAAGAACAAGCAGGUAGAAGAUUUACAAGCACAAUUAAACUUAGUUCAGGAAGACUUGACGAAGGCAAAUGAACUAUUGGCUUCUGUCAAAGUAGAGAAGACUCUCAUUUUAAAGGAAUUAAAGGAAGCCAACAGUUUGGUUGAAGAAACAAGUGAUAAACUCAAGGAGAAUUUUGCUGCUCAAAGGAGGGCUGAGGAGGCUUUGGAAACCUACAAGAUCCAUUUAACUAAGUUGGAACAGGAAAGCAUUGAAAGUGUUCAGAAGAGAGAAGAUUUGAAGAAAAAGCUUGACACUGUUGAAAAGAGGAAUGCUUUGAAUACUGCCACUUUGAUUUCAACCAUGAAGGAGCUUGAACAGGUGAAACAUGUACUUUCAUUGGCCAUUGAUGCAAAAGACACUGCACUAACUCUGGCUUGUGAUGCCAUGACGAGUUCUGAAAUCAAUUCAGAAAAGGUAGAGUUCCUCUUAAGUGAAGUUGAACAUUAUAAGUCCUUGCUAAAUUCGAAGAUGGGGUUGGAAUCUGAGCUAUUAGCAGUGAAGAAGGAACUUGAAAACGCAAAGGCCACUGAAACCAGGUUGGUAGAGAUGGAAGUGCUAGUAGAAGCACUUACAGUUGAGGUCAGUGAUGCAAAGAAUUCAGUAUCAGAAAUUAGUUAUCUUGUGGAUCAAUGGAAGAAGAAAGCAGAGCUGCUAGAAGCUCAAUUAGAGGAGACAAGUGAGUCUAGGAAAUCUUCAUUGGAGACUCUUGCUUCAGUUAAGCAACAACUUGAGGAUUGCUAUGCCCUCUUGCAGGAUAAAGAGUGUGAGUUUUCUGUUCUUAUAGGCAAGGUGGACUCACUAAAUCUUGAGGUUUCUAAGCACGAAGCUGAACUUGAUGGAUCUAAUCAGAAAUUGGUUGUAGCACAACAGGAAGCAGCAGAAAUGGAGAAAAUGAUUGCACUAUUGAAAUCGGACCUUCAAAUUAUGGAAAAGUCAAAAAUUCAGGCAUUGAAUGAUGAGAAGAUAGCAAAAUCAAAUAUUGAAUGCCUGACAGAACAAAGGGAAAAUUUGGAAAAUGAGCUAGAUAUAAGUCGGUGCGAACUUGAGAAAGCUAAGAAGGUGAUGGAAGGCUUGGCUUCAGCAUUCCAUGAAGUAUCAACAGAAGCACACGAAAUACAAGAAAAAUUCUUAUGCAAACAAGCAGAGGUUGAGGACUCCCAUGCUCAGAUUGAGGAGUUGAGAAUGACUAUUAUGAAAAAUCAAGAAAGUUAUGAGGAAAUGCUGGAAAAGUUGAAAAACGAGAGAGUCUGCCUUCAAGACACUCUCGUAAGAUUUGAAAUGGUGUUUGAAAAUUCUGUAUCUGACUGGGAUUUAAAAGCUCUUGAUUUCUUAAAUUCUAUCAAAAGAUCAGAGGAGGAGAUUGUCACAAUGAAAGUAGACAUGGACGAAAUCAGUGUCUCUCUGAAAGCAGCAGACAUGAGGAUAAAAGCUGCUAAAGAUAAUGAAAUCCAGCUGAUGGAUAAGCUACAGCAUUUUGAGUCAAAAGCAAGUAUCUUCAAAGUAGAAGCAGACGAAGCUAAGGCUGAGAAACUGCAGCUGAUGGAGCUGUUAUUGGUUACACAGAAUGAUCUGCUAAGUAAAAUUCAGGAGAACAAUGACCUCAAGAUCCGAGAAACUUCAGCCUUAGACAAGGUUCAAGAACUUUCUUCACAGCUAGCUGAGGUCGCUGCCAAGAAGGCAAUGCCAAAUGGUGAAAUAUCAAAAAAUGUGAAUCGGUUUGAUUUAGCAAUGCGAUUUGUUUCCCUUGAGGAAACUACUUAUGAUGAGCAACUCAAUUCAGAAGUACCACCGGAAAAGCAAGAGGAACAUAGCAAUGGUUUUGAAACAAUCCAAGAAGUGAAGAGUAAAAACAAUGCUCCAGAAGAAGUACAAGUAGACACGGAAUCUAAGUCAUGCGAAAAUGGCAAGACCAUGGAAAAGGAUUUGUCAAUGGAGAGAGAGUAUGAGGUUGAUUCAAUGAAUGAUGAAUCAGACAUGAAGGAUGGCGCCAACUGGAAUGUGGAAAAUGGAUUGCCAUCAGAUAACAUCCAAAAUGACAGAGCCUCACCGAAUAAGCAGGAACAGCAGCAAAAGAAAAAGAAGGCUUUCAUGCAGAAAUUUGGGAGUAUAUUGAAAAAGAAGAGCAACCUCAAGUAGAAGCAGAACCGACUAAGUUUCUUGCAUUACAAUUCAGUAAUGUGUUUGGGUUUCAGCAUUUCCUACCUGGAUAAACUUCUGAUUGCUCAUUUGUAGUCUUAAAUUGUUUUCCCAUAGUGCUUGUAUUCAAAAUUGUUUGCUUCUGUCUAGUGAAUCCAAAGUUUGUGCCUUCUUUAAA